AUGGGCCUCUGCAUCGGAGCUCCGACGGUCUUCAUACCGCAGCUGAGGAAGGAAGCUAAUUCCACUGACGCCGUCACCUCGGAAAUGGCGUCGUGGCUGUCUUCGGUAUUCGGCUACAGCGCUCUGCCCUGGGUAUUGAUACUUUGCUGGCUUCUCAACGCGAUCGGACGGAAACGGACCUCUAUUAUAAUGUCGCUAUCCACAGUGGCAAUGUUCGUCGUCUUCUAUUUUAGUAAAACCGCCAACGAUUUACUUAUCACCGAAAUACUGACGGGCCUGACGCACGCCAGCACGAUGACUGUCACAGUUGUUGCCAUAGGUGAAUAUUCUUCGCCUAAAUUCAGAGGGAUAUUCCUCACUCUAAAAUCGGCGUCGUUACUCUGGGGAAUUUGGACGUCGAACGCGAUCGGAACGUUCUUUCACUGGAGGUACAUACCUCUGAUGGGAAUCUUGUGUUCUCUGCAUACAUUAACUGUGUUUUACUGGUGCGAAUCGCCAUAUUGGUUGGCGUGCAAAGGUAGAUUCGACGAAUGCCGAAAAACGCACAGGUGGCUCAAAGGUAACGGUAGAGCUUCGGAGCGCGAGUUAAAAAAAUUGAUCGAUUCCUUAAAACGAACACAAAGCAAAGAGAUCGAAUUAAAAAGUUUACUGUCAAAAGAGUUUUAUAUUCCAUUAUUGUUGUCUAUUUUAGUCGUAACGCAAUAUCAUUUUUCCGGGAAAUUAGUAUGCAGUAUUUACGUUAUAGAAAUCUUAAAAAGGAUUACUAAUGAUGAAGCCACAGCGUACUAUGGGAUGUUAAUUCUCGACGGCGUAACCGUCAUCAGCACUUACAUCGGCUGUAUCUUAUGUAGGGUUUUAAAACGCAGGACUCUGCUACUUACGUCUAGCACCAUAGGGAUUACAUUUCUAUACAUACUAGCUUUGUACUUGUGGCUUAUCAGAAUUGAAGUCGUGACGGAAAUCAAGAUGGCUUCGGUCUUGUUUCUCGCGGCUUUUUCGACCUCCAUUAGCUGCGGGCCGAUGAUCAUGGCGACGUCUUUGUACGGUGAAUUAAUACCGUUGAGAUUUAAAAGCGUUUCGAUAAUAUUAAUUGCAUUUACAUUCUUCGGUUUUCACAGUACGCUGUUGAAGUUAGCUCCCGCCAUUUUUGCUAAUUUCGGCUUGGAUGGAAUGUUUCUAUUUUACGCUUCAACAUCAACAUUAAUCGCCAUUUUGAUUUACAAAUAUCUACCGGAGACCAAAGAUAAAACUUUACAAGAAAUCGAAGAUUAUUUUAAGGAUUCGACAAAUAAUUCUGAUGUUACGAAUCUAGUUCGCGAUAAAAUUGUCAGUUGA